AUGGAGCAGAAACACGUGGCGAUGUGCUCCGCUGCGCACUCGCAACUGACGUCGUCGUCGCUCUUCGCAUGCGCCGAAUUGAAGCAGAGCACCUCGGAGUUUUCUCUGAGCGAGGCUCUGGAGUUUCUGGAUAGGUCCAUGAUUGGUCAGGAGGCCGCCGAUACGCAGAGCCACCGGGAUGAAAAAUUCGGAGAAUUUCGGGCUCACGUGAGGGACCGGAAUUUCGAUGAUACGGAGGGUCUUUUUGGCGACGUUUGCGCCGGUGACGUCUUCGCUUUCAAAAGCCGGGACAUAAUGAAUGGUUUUUCGAGCAGCGGUGAACUGACUGAAACCCUUCUCUGCACUCAAAAUCUCACUCCAAAGAACUCCAGCAUCUCAGCAACCAUGGAUUCUCAGUCCUCAAUAUGUGUUGGCAGUCCAACGUCGGCUGCUAAACCGAUUGCCGGAGAUAACCAAGCAAGAGGAGCCGAGAGUGGUUCCUCUGGAGACCAGUCGGAUGAGGAUGAUUUUGAGAUAGAAGCUGGUCCAUGUGGAGAUAGCACAGACCCCCUUGAUAUAAAACGCAUUAGAAGGAUGGUCUCGAAUAGGGAGUCUGCAAGGCGAUCAAGAAGAAGAAAGCAAGCACAGUUGGCAGAUCUCGAGUUCCAGGUUGAACAACUGAGAGGAGAAAAUUCAACCUUAUAUAGGCAGCUUACGGAUGCUUCCCAACAGUUCCGUGAUGCUGAUACGAAUAAUAGAGUGCUGAAAUCAGAUGUGGAAGCUUUGAGAGCGAAGGUGAAGCUAGCUGAGGACAUGGUUGCUCGGGGAUCUAUAACCUCUAGUUUGAAUCAAAUUCUUCAAGGCCAUCUAGGCACGCCACAACAGUUCAAUCCUCAUAACCUGCGUGGGGUAGCACACGUCUCGCCAACCAUCACCAUCCACGGAGAUGAGGCUCGAUACGCUGGAAUGGCAGUCUCCGGGCAGAAUGGAGGUCUUGGACUUGGAAAUGCUGGUAUGGCUAAUAGCAAUCUGAGCAACAGAAUCAUGAGCGAUACCGUAAGCUGCGUUUCGGAUGUGUGGUGA